AUGGUUUCUGCCAAGAUCACCACUCUCGCUGUGCUUCUGCUCGCUGCUGCAGAUGCCGCCGUCUCGACCAUCGUUGUCACAAGGCCAGUAGCCUCCACCUCCGGCAGGGGCGGUAGCAACCUCCGGGUCGAAUGGAACGACGACGGCAAGGCGCCCACGCGUCGGGACUGGGGUCGUGUCAACAUCUAUCUCGCCGUGGGCACGCGUGAUGUGCAGUACAAGCUGCAGACCCUCGCCUCGAACAUCUCGUACAACACCGACGAGGCCUCCUAUCCGAUCAAUGCCAGCGUGGGACCGUCUGGUGGCUACUACUUCCUCCGAUUCGAGGGCACCAAUACGACCACCAACGUUGUGCCCGCUAUGGCCUUCUCUGCGCGCUUCACGCUGACGGGCAUGACGGGCACGUUCAACUCGACGGUUGCGCAGGCUGCGAGUGGCUCGGCCGGCACUGCGCCGCUGACGGCGGCAGCAAGCGCAUCGACCAGCUCGGGAUCGCCCAGCUUCUUCGGCUACACGUCGAGUUCGAGCGCAUCGAGCGCCGCUGCGAGCGCUCUGGCCGGGUUGAGCUCCAGCGGUUCGGCAGCGGCCGCCCAGUCGACGGGCAAGUCCACCUCCGCUGCCGCACAGGUCAACGGCAAGCUUGCAGGGUACGCGAGUGCGCUCGUCGGUAUCGCUGCCGUCGGCGCUGCGUUCCUUUGA